ACUAAAUGCGAGUGACAUAACGCCACUGGUGGGGCCAGGAGGCAGACUGUCUAUAUUCACAUGUCGGACCUGUCCACUCAAAUCUGUCUCCCGGUCCCUGGAAGAUCAGUGAAUUGAUCCCAGGCUUCAGAAUUCAGGCCAAACAACCGGCGAUGGCCUCGGCGAGAACCGACAACCGGCUGACGGGCUCCCAAAGCUUCGUGUGCAUGGGCUUCUCCGGCUUCUUUAGUAAAACCGUCACGUCCCCCCUGGAGGUGGUGAAAAUUAAAACCCAGGUGGGGACUUAUCACUGCAAAAGCGGUUUCUGGCAAAGUUUCAUCGUCAUCUACCGGAAUGAGGGACUUCGAGGGUUUUGGAAAGGAAACCUGACUUCGUGUCUUCGUUUGUUUCCGUACAACGCAGUUCAUCUCACAACAUACAAAAAGAUAGUCCACCUUCAUAUGGACGAGUUUGGCUUCAUCUCUCAGUGGAGGGCCAUAUUUGCCGGAGGUCUUGCUGGAGUUGCUGCUGCUCUGGUCACAUACCCUCUGGAGGUAGCAGAGACCAGACUUAUUGUUCAGAACUGCAGAGAGCGCACAUAUAUCGGCAUAGCUCAGACCAUCUCAAAGAUCUGCAGGAACGAAGGGCUGAACGCUCUUUACAGAGGAUUUCCCCUCACUGUCUUGGGUGCAUUUCCUUUUUCUGUCGGAUGUUUUACAGUCUACAUGAACCUGGAAAAGCUCUGGCAGGAGACACCUUCCCGCUUCACUCCACUGCAGAACUUCAUUAACGGCUGUAUUGCAGCAGGAGUGGCUCAAACCCUUUCGUACCCUUUUGAAACUGUAAAAAGAAAAAUGCAGGCGCAGAGUGCCCGUCUUCCUCAUUUUGGUGGAGUGGACGUUCACUUUACUGGAAUGAUCGACUGUUUUAUACAGGUUGUUAAAACCAAGGGCGUACUGUCACUGUGGAAUGGACUCACAGCCAACACAAUAAAGAUUGUUCCGUACUUUGGCCUCCUGUUCACCUGCUUUGAGAUGUGUAAGCAGGUUUGCCUUUACAGAAACGGCUACAUCGUCUCACCUCUGAGCUACAAGCUGACGCCAGGAGUCGACCAGAGCCUCGGGCCGUCUGAGCUGGAGGAGGUCAGGCGCUAUCUGAGAAACAGGAACUUUGCGUCAGGGGAGUCAUCUCUGGGAAAUCGCUGGUGAAGCCUCGCGUGGGAAGAUAGUUUAAGAAGAAGAAGAAAAGCAGAUUAAAAACCAGCAAAAAUGACUUAAGCUGUUAAAUAAGAAAAAAAAUGUACUAUAUGAACUUUCUACCUCUUUGGAGUUAUUUUUUUCUGACAGUAUUUUAUGUUCAUGAAUUGCUGAUUUACAAUCCUUAACAGCGUUUAUGUAAUAACGUGCCUUUAGUGUUAAAUAUUUAUUAAUGUAGUUAUAACUGCAUUAUCUUCACAUAGUGCCAUUACCUAUUCACGUAGGUUGCAAAAUACUCUUUAACCCUGAGCAUUAAAGCGGUACGAGAGUGAUCACAUUAACUGUUUAACGACUGUAACAUUUCAUAAUGACAUGAAGCUGAUUGUGGACAAUCAUGUAAAUCUGCCAACAAGAUGCAAAAUCCUUCAGUAGAUCAUUUGUUGUACAUCAAAUUUUAACUAAAAGCUCUUUUGGAAUCUU